AUGGCUGAACAUUUGCUUCGUACCGACCCUGUCCAGGAUAAAGAAGGAUUCUUCGUUGCUUUAUUUGUGAAGCGAAUGAAAUUGGGUGGUAGCUCUUCUCUAGCUCUCGAAAAUGUUAUAUCAAGCUGUGGGAAGAAAUCCAAUCCCGGAGAAAGGCGCAAGUUUCCAACGUGGUGUUACUCACCUAAAAUGUCCAAAAUGUUGUUGCGUCCUCAGUUACGUGCGUACAGACGGCCACCACAGGACGGCCGCCGCCGCCAAUCCGCUACAAAGUAG